AAUAAAUCAAAAUUUCAAAUUAUAUGGAACGAGAGGUGAAUUACCUUGUGUUGAGGUAUCUCGAAAAUUUGCUCAGCAAGGAAGAUUAUGAGUCUUUGAAAGAAAAGAUAAUCCCGAGGUUGGACCUCCCAAAGAUUCACAAUUGGUCUGGCAAUCAGUUAGCCAUUGGGUUUGAGGAGCUCAGCCGAACCAGAUUUCAUUUUCCAUCAAAAUAUUUAAUUGAUAUUUUCGAGAAGAUGAUGAUUAAGUCUAAAACCCCUCUGUACAAUCUGGACAACCUUGAGAGCGCAGAGGAAGAGGAUAAAGAGGCAUCUUUAGUAGGGAAGACUAGGAAACUGCCAUUCUCACUUAAAAAGAGAAAUUUCAGAAAUUUUGAACGAUCCCAAAAUCUUCACCGAGAUUUCAGUCAGAAUUUGCCAGGAGGACAUCAAUCCAUCCAGAAGUUCGAGAAGGUAAAGACAGUGUAUGGCCAUGCUGUCCUAGGAGAGCAAGGGAUGUCUAUAUCUUGAAUAGAAUUUGAUUAUUCCAAUAAAUACAUUAUCACUGGCUCUGAUGACAAACUGAUUAAGAUCUGGCUCGUCCUCAACGGAAGCCUCCAAGGAGUCUUGUGUGGCCACGAAGACGUAAUAAUGGAUCUCCAUGUUAGUACUUGCAAUAGAUAUGUGAUCUCGGCUGGAAAAGAUGGACUCGUGAUCAUUUGGGAUUUAAAAUUGUGCAAAAAGCUUCAUGUUUGUAAGGAACAUAAAGGAGCGGUGAAUCAAAUCAAAACUGUGUAUACAAAGCUUGCAGCUAGUGAGAAUCAGUUGCUCUACACCUGAGGAGACGAUGGCUUAAUAAAUAUCUACAAUUUGGAUUUAAUAGAGAAUCCAGACAUCGGAAAAGAUGCUGAUGAAAAUACAGUACAAACACGAAGAGCAAAACCAAAAGUUAAAAAGGAUCCUCUGUUCUUGUUUGCUUUGAGUAGCAUUGAGUUCACAGGGCUAAAGAAGGACAAGAAGAUUGACUCUAUAGACUUUUCCAACAAAAGAGGGCUUCUAUUUGCUGGUUGCUACGGUGGGGAUUUAUUAAUAUGGAGGAACGACAAUUAUCGCAGAGAGAAAUUUAUGAAAGUAGCAUAUGAGCUCGUCUCUAAAAUCAAAUAUCAUGACCAGAUAUUGCACUUAAUAGCUAUCUCACCUGAUGACAACUAUUUUUUGACUGGAGACACUGACGGGAAGGUGAAUAUUUGGAGACCUCCAGAGACAGCACAAGAUAUCAAUGAGUUAAUUGGAGAUAUUAGUAAAGAUAGGAACCCAGCAGGAAAUAAGCAAAAAGGUUGAUUCAGAAAACACCUUGUCGCUACUAUUGAUGGAUCCUCUGAGUUUUCAAUCUCACAAUGUGACUCAGUGGAGUGGUCCUACAGAGGGAGGUAUGCUCUAGCAUCCUUUGGAGGAAAAGAAGAGAGAUCGAACAAUGAGAAGUCUAUCAUUUAUAUUUGGGACCAGAGAAAACAAGAAAUCAUUCAUAAACUCGGAUCUAAGGCUAGUGGAAUAGUGUUGGAAAAUUAUACAUUUGUAUUAGAAGCUCAUCCCAAGGAUGAGAAUUAUUUCAUGAGCGGAGGAGGAGCAGGAAAGGUCAUCCUCUGGGAUAUUAGAACUGGUACACAGAUAAAGUCUUUUAAAGAAUUUGGACACUACCAUAGAGACAAUAAUAUGCUAGACGAAGUCUUUGAUGGAAAAUUUUCUUCAUGUGGCAACUUUUUUGCAGUAUCUACAAUAUGGGGAACUUUCUCAAUCUACAGCAUUUUUAAUAAAGAAACUUAUUUAUCAACUCCUAUUGAGCAAUUCUUCCAUAGAGACAAAAGUGCUGAAAUGUCUAGCGAUAUUUACAACAUUGAAGCUCCAAUUUUGGUCAAUUUUGAUAGACUAAAGCAACCUGACCAGACGCCUCUACCAAUCCUAGGAGAGAUAACUUCGCUGAAUGACCCAGACCAGUGAACCAAGAAGUACAUGUUUGGUCUCUCGGAAAGGAUUGAGAAAUACGGCAAGGACCAUAAAUUUUGUGAAGACUAUGCAGUGCAGAACGAACCAUACUUUUUCCUGAAUAGCAGGAAUGAAGAGAAUCAGAGUAAUCACGAAAGUGGCUCGGCUGACUCUAUCAUGAGCAGUGAAAACGAAGAGAACAAGAGAGACAGACCUGUGUACUAUGACAGACACAAUGAUGAAUUUGACAGAGAGUCUGAUGAAGACUUUAUUGUUGACCUAGAGAAUAGGUCUAAUGGGGUCAGAAGAAUGCCAAGAAGGACAGAUAAUCCUCCUCAGCCACAACAACCACAAAGACAAAAUGAAGGUAUUCGUCAGAGACAGGAGAGAGAACGAAGAAGAAGAGAGCGUAACCGUAGAAGAGGAGAUGAUGAUAACAGCGAUGAAGAUGAGUUUAUCAUUCAAGACAUGGUUGAAAAUGAGGAAUCUGAAGCAUCUAUUGACUUUGUAAUGAGAGAUGAAGAGUCAUCAGUCAAUCAUACCAGGCCAAAUCCUCUAUAUGCCUCUAGGUCUCCAAUUAAUGAAUCUGAAUCAGAAGAAGAGGUUAUUGAGAACGGAGUUCUAGAAAAGCAUGAGUCUUGAAAAGUAGUUUUACCCAGCUCUGACUGGAUUAUCCCUAAUGAUGCUAUUGAUGGGGAUCAGAUCAUGCCUGUUGGCCAUUACCUCUCAAUAAAUUGCAAUGAAGAUUACCAGUUCGAACAGAAAAUGGAGGGAAAGGGCUAUAAGAUUGAUAUCGAAGAAGCCCAAAGAAUGAUUAAAAGAGAUAAAUCAAAUCUUGACUGAGCUUUAUGUAAAAAGAAAGGAGGAGAGGGUAGCUUAAUUGGACCGUUCAAAUACUUCAUCAACGACCUCGCAACUGAUGAAAUGAUCUACUGGUUUCAUAGAGAAUGCCUUGAAAGAAAUGAUAUCGUCGAAAAAGUGUCUACUUAUGAAUUCAGCAAAAUUCAAGAGUGAGUCAAUCAGUGGAUAUUGAAUGAAGGUAAUGAGUGCCAAAGAUGCUUCACAACAGGAGCAUCUAUUAGUUGAACUGUAUGCAAAGAUUCUUAUCAUGGAUUUAUCUGUUCAUUCCUUAGAUUAGGGUUUGACUAUGAUGGCAACCUUGUUUGAAUCAGAUGUCUCAAGGAUACAUUAAGAAGCCAGCUUACUGACGAAUUUCUAGAUCAAGUAGAUAAGAGUUUAAUGGAAAAAGAUUUUUACAAGAAUAAAGACAGAAAAAUGUUUUAUGAGCAACUACCAGGGGUUUACACCCCUCAGAUCGAAGAUGAGGUUUAUUUUAUUUUCCAGGCUUAUGAAGAAGUAGUAGGGUACUAUAUGAACCAUUUCUUCUCUUUAGAAGAUAAUAGAGACAGACCUAUUGAAGACUAUAUUAACAAAUUCCUUUGCCAUAAGCUUACUGAUAAUAAUGACCUCACUCAUAAACCUUUGAGGUGUAAGAUAAGCAAUAUUGAGUACAGACUUCCUAGCGCGACUACUUUUGAGAUUAAUCAAAAAUUAGGAAUUAAGAACAUGGACUUUGUGAUAGAAUCAGAAGUUAGACUUCAAGUGCUCGAGCCAGAGCAGCUUGAAGAAAUGGAAUUCAGCAUAACCUACUUUAAUCACUCUACACGUGAAGAGAGUAUUUCUAUGAAUUAUCUUAUCCCAUUGAAUAGCUUUAUUCAGUCGAUAUCUGAAGAGGAGUUAUCCGAGAUUCAAGGACAUACGCUAAAGCUGUCUGAUAUUCAUGAGUCCCCUCUAGACUUAAUAGAUGUAGUCGACUUCGAACCAGAAGUAUAUUCAAAUUGUAAUUUCAAGUGAGUAUUUUUCAAGCAAGUUUGCAAUGCAAAUCCUGAUGGUCACAGAUUGAGAGCUAAUGCUUUGGGAAGGAACCUCAGUCUGAGAUUAGGAAGACUUUCUAUCUGGGACAUAAAGCGAGCAUCAGCUACAAGUACACCAAUCAAGGACAACCUUCAGAAGAACUACAUUGAAAACAGAGGGUUCAACCCGGAAAAUUAUGAGUGUGCAUUUGAUGAAGUAAAGACCAGAAGACUGGUGGAAACAAUAGAUGCGUUCAUUAAGAACAAUUCUUAUUCAGAGUUCUUCAAAGAUGAAGUGACAGAUGAAAUUACUCCUGACUAUCUCAACAUAAUCCCUGUUGAAAUGAACCUAUUCACCAUUAGAGACAACCUAGAGUCAGGUCAUUACAGGUCAAAAGAGAUGCUUCUGAAGGACUUAAAACUGAUAGAAGACAACUGUAUCGAAUUCAACAGUGAAAACUCUGAAAUUUCAAAGCAUGCUAAGAAUGUCCAUGAGAAUCUCAAGAAAAUAUUUGUGAAAGCUUUUAGCUACAAACUUCGGGAUAUCCCCAGAAGGACCAGCUCCCUCAGAAGUAGAGAGAAUGGCAUUGAACAAGAAGGGAUGAACAAAAGAAACCCAAAGAAACUUGGCAGCUUAAGAAAAAGAAACGCAAGGCAGAGGACUAGUAUAGACUAUAAGGAAGAUAGUGAAGAAGAGAAGGCUUUCAAAAAGCCUACCCCACAGAGGAACAAGAGAAGAAUGCUUGAUGAAGAGAGUGACCCUAGUUUGGAAGACAACAACUUCAAAAUUGAUUUACAACAGCCAAAUAGCUUAAGGAGAUCAAGUAGGAACAGGAACGUUGUGAGCAUGAAAGAGCCCGACACACCUCCUGGAGAGAAAGGACUCAUGAGAAGGACGCUAAGAAAGAGAGAAGUAAAAGAAGAGAGCAAAAAUAACGGUGUGAAUGGAAUAUCUACAAGACAAAGCAGAGGCAAGCAAUCUCAACAAAAUUCAGAGUUCUCAGAAAAUGGUGAUAAUUAUGAAUAUGAAGAUUAUUAGAGAAUAAAUUGAUUUCAGAC